CAUGGCGCAUCCUUAUGCGCCGGUCGAGGCCGCGCUCGGUGCCGACGAGAGCUUCCUUUCGCUGGCCGACAUCCUUAUGUCGCAGGAGCGGCUGCCGUGCCGUGCCGAGGUCGCCUGGCCUCGCUUGGCUGCCUUCCUGGCCAGGGCCGACGCGGCCGCUGCACCCGGCAAGGCGCUCCCAGAGGGUUCAAAGUUGGAAAUCCCUCUCUGGUUGGCCAAAGGCUUGUAUGACAAGCGAAGGAUUCUUUCUGUGGAGCUACCAAAGGUUUACAAGGAGAGCUGGCGGACAGUGUUUAAUGCCGAUGCCAGUGUGGUUGACCUGCAUAAAUUGGGACCAUAUUACUAUGGAUUUGGGUCCCAGUUACUCAAUUUUGACAAUCCUGAGAAUACUGAAUUAGCUCAGUCCAUACUACAGACAUUUAUUGGCCGUUUUCGUCACAUCAUGGACUCUUCCCAGAAUACUUUCAAUGAGGACAGAUCUGUGUUGGUGGCCCGGCUGGAUGAGUUGGAGCGGGCCUUAUUUCAGACUGGCCAGAAGGAACUCCAGGACUUCCAAUGCUGGGAAAUGGGUCAGGCCUCCCAGAUCACAGUAUCUAGCCUCAUCCAGAAUUACAAAAAGAGAAAAUUCACUGACGUGGACAGCUGAGAUCACAAAGUCUGGGUGAGGUCUUGUAAGAAACACUUGUGGAUUUUCUGGAUACUUAGGUUCAGGCGCUGAGAAGAACCAAUGUUGCUGUAUCCAAUUAAAAUUAUUUCCAGUAGUAAUUUGAGGUUGGAUGCAAAAGAAUGUUCUGGCUCUGAAUGAAUCGAUACAGCAGCAGCAGCUGAUUGCUUAGGGAAAUAACAUUUCAAUGUUUCAAUUUGACUUUUGUUUUAAUAAUUUAAAGAAGGACUUUAGAAAGCAAGGAAUAAUUAGCUAUUGUCCAGCAUGUUUUCUGUAGCAAUAAUUGAAAUGUAAUCAUAUAGCUAUCCUUUUUUAGUCCCAGUUCCCUGUUACUUGCUAGUAAAGUGGCCUUUCCGAGGACCAUCAGAACAGGUCCAAGGAAUGUAGCCUAUGUCUUCACAGUCACAAAGAUGAUUAGAAAUGUGACCUUCUUAAAAGAAAGUCUCUGAGCUGCUGUUCUGAGAGCAAACUGUUCUCCCUGUUAAAGAGCUGCUCCGCGGGGUUCAAUAGAGUUCUUUGUCAAUGCCAUCAGCAUCAUCACUAAAUGUAUAUGUUGCCAGAGUCCCAGCCACUUUGUGGCUUUGUUGACCCUUGUUAAAAAUACUUAAAAAUAAAAAUCAGAACAAAACUCACAAAAACACAGUUUCAGACAAAAUGAUGAUGGUAGAGACAAUAAACCCAGAGGGAAGCAGAGAAAGGGAGGUUGGAUGUCCUUGCCAAAGGCCAGUCUUUAAGGCUCUUGAAAAUAGCAGCAGCGUGGGAGCCAUUCAAAUUCGGGGGGGGGGGGGGGGACACUUCAUUCCAGGGUUGCCACAGAGAAAGUGCACUUCCCGGCACCAGAAAAUAGCAUUGUUUAAUUGAUGGGAACUCGAGUGGGCCAAUCCUGUUAGAACAAACCAGGUGGGGAUACUGUGGGAAACUCGUGAUUCCUCAAGAGAGGCCCCAAACCAUGUAUAGAACCAUGGAACAUGGACUUGAGAUGGGAUAUCUAUAAACUUUGAGUCUGAGCCAAGGAACACCUGUCAAUCCUGUCUGACAGAUCAUGAUCACAUAAUAGGCCAUGUGAAAAAAGUGUGGAACAUUUUCUUUUAAAGACUUUUAUUAAAUAUGAAAAAGACAA